AUGAAGUUUGACAUCCUUGAGCCUGAAAAAAGUGGAACAGCGGGUCCUCCCAUUUUGCCUCUCACAGUUCUUGAGAAGGGCAGGAUCCUUCUCAAGAAGUGUGGAUCUUUUCCUGUCAGUGUGGAAAUGGUUGUAGACACAACAUGGACCAUACAGUCGCUGCAGUCUGCUCUUCCAGUUCAGCUUGAGUUAAUGAGAGAGGUUAAGACUUACCAGAGCCUGACAGUUACUGUACUCCGAGCAAUAAACAACUGCUCUCAUGAUUAUUGGUCUGAGUCCGACUGUUAUGUUACUGUAGGUCUCCCCACAGCGUCUGCCAGGACCUUCUGUACUAAGACUGUGCCCAACAGCAAGACCCCAGAGUGGAAUGAGAGUUUCCAAUUCAGGGUCCACAGUCACGUCAAGAAUAUCAUAGAGUUGAAGAUGUACGAUGAGGACAGUUUCAUUGGCAAGGGCGAUGACCUGUGCUCCAUCGUAGUGUUUGACAUCAAUAAGCUCACCCCUGGGAAGAAGAAGACCAAGACCUUCAUCUGUGAACCGACCAAAGAUGAAUUGUGGGUUGAGUUUGAGUUGCUGGAGAGUAAAGAGCCUGCUGUGGAGCAGAAUGUGGUCCUGAAAAUGCGUGGGGCCUUUCCAGAAGAGCAUAAGAUUCUUGCUCCUGAGAAAACAUCCAACCUGACCAAAACUCUGCGCUACUACAUCAACAGAGACCUGGAGACAGAGCUUUGCGAUAAAUUGGGUGAGGUAGAAGAUCCAAAUGUCACUGGCUUAUCUACUGCUCUGCACCUUCCAGCCAGUAAUGAUUUCAAAGUAUCUUUACCUGUGGGAGAGGACAUGGUGGAUCUACAUUUGAGAACAGAGGACUGCCCAGACAUUGAAUUUAAGGUGCGUCUUGAUUUUGACAUCCCUCCGGAGGAAAAAGAAUUCCUGAAGAAGAGAAAGGUGCUAGUGGGUCAGGCCUUACGAAAGGAGUUGGGCCUCACCUCUCCCCCUGACCCUAAAAAGUUGCCUGUUAUAGCUGUGGUUGGCUCAGGGGGAGGGACCAGAGCAAUGACCGGCCUGUAUGGCAGUCUGAAGGGGCUGCAGAGAUUGGGCCUACUGGACGCUGUGAGCUACAUCACUGGUGUGUCAGGCUCCACAUGGGCCUUAGCCGCCCUGUAUCAGGAAGCAGAUUGGUCACAGCGUGAUAUGGAUGAGUCCAUCUCGGCUAUGGAGGAGGAAAUCACCAAGUGUUUCCUCAGUGCCUUCACCACUGAGAAGCUGCAGUACUACAAACACCAGAUGGCAGAGAAAGAGAAGGAGGGACAUAUGGUGUCACUCAUAGACAUGUGGGGUCUGGUCAUUGAGCACUGCCUUCAUGGGAAGAAGAAAACCAGUACCCUGUCUGACCAGCAGAAGGCAGUAUCAGAGGGCCAGAACCCUUUACCCAUCUGUACUGCUGUCAACCUGAAGGACGGAGUGAAAGGCACCACAACCGAGUUUGGUAAAUGGUGUGAGUUCACACCAUACGAGGUGGGCUUCCAAAAGUAUGGGGCCUAUGUCCAUGCGGAGGACUUUGGGAGUGAAUUCUACCUUGGUCACCUGGUCAAGAAACAUCCAGAGAUACAUAUCGCCUCUCUGCUUGGUCUUUGGAGCAGUGUCUUCUCUCUUAACCUGACCCAGCUUUGGGACUUUGCAACUGGAGAAAAUGACAAUGAACCAACCACCCUGGACACCUACCUCUUCAAGCCUAUCACUAACACUGCCUCAUCGCUGACCAGCUUAUUUACCAGCCGGCCAGUCAUCACUCAGAUCUACAACUUCAUGCGCGGGUUCUUCCUGCACCGGAACUACAAAGACAACAGAAAGUUUACAUCCUGGAAAGAUAUGCAUCCAGAUGCCUUCCCCAACAGACUGACUCCAGCUGACCCCACACUCUACCUGGCGGACUCUGGGUUCUCCAUCAACACAGGCUGUCCCCCUGUCUUGAGACCAGAGAGAGGUGUUGAUGUCAUCAUGUCCCUCAACUAUUCGUGGUGCGAGGAUCAAUUCAAAGUCCUUAAGAGGACGGAGGUUUACUGCGAAGACCACAGCAUCCCCUUCCCCCGCAUUGACUUCAGCAGCCUGGAGGCACAGCCCCUGAAAGAGCUCUACGUCUUUGAGGAUGAGAAGAACCCCAAGGCUCCCAUAGUCCUUCACUUCCCUUUCGUCAACAUCUCCUUCAAAGAGUUCAAGGCCCCUGGUGUGGCACGUAAGGGUGAGGAGGAGAUGAAGGCAGGGGAUGUUGACAUUAGCUCAAGCAGCUCCCCUUACCUCACCAAACAUGUCACCUACACAGAAAAGGACUUCCGAGCACUGAUAGACCUUACCUCAUACAACAUCCAGAACAACAAGGAGCAGAUCCUCCAGGCUCUUGGGAAGGUCCUCGAAAGGAAGGUGCCUGUGGAAGAAUGA